GAACGUUCCGAAGAAUUCUGAGCAUCCUGAGAUAGAGAUAGGAAGGGAGGUUAGGUUUGGGCGGCCAUAGAUAGAAAUUUUGAAAAUGAAAACUGGCAAAUUAAUUUCAUGGUUCCGUACACAGCAGGGAAGACAGUUUGUAUUCGGAGGCAUAUGUUUUCUAGGAAUUGGUAUACCAUCAGCAAAUUUCCUGUCUCAUACAUUUUUACUAUAUAAAUACAAAGAAAUUGUUCAGAUGUAUGGACUCGGAAUAGCUGUCCCACUCCCAGCUCGAGUUAAGAAACGCGUAGAGGAUGUCAUGGAUGAUAUGCAGAUAUCUGAUAAGAGCCGCAGACUUAUUAAGCCAUUCACUGUCUUUGGAUAUGACAUGUUCCAUGCGGGAUGCACACAAACAACAACAGGAGCGAUUAUAGGAAUUCCAUCAAACUUUGGAUAUGACAGCACCUCAGAUGUGGAUCGGGCUCAUGUUCUUGUGAACCUGGAUCAGGUAUCUUGGGGUUCUGAGGCUGGCAAGGACUUGCUGUCAGCAAUGGUGCUCAGUGAAGAAGCACAGAAGUUUGCAAUUGGCAGAGAAAUUGCUUAUGCACAAACCCUUUAUGUUUAUAUGAAUAGUGCUUUUCCAGCCAUUGUUAUUAUUUCCAUGUAUGCCUUUACAACUAACUGCAAUAAUAGACUGGGUUUAUUUGGUAAACCAUUUGCACUGCGAGCCAUUCUGUAUUCCUUGGUUGGUCUCUUUGGAUUUGGAUCUUGGGCUUUUAUGAAGGAUUUCACAACUGUCCAUUAUGAGACUCAAGUGGAUAAAGAGAUGUGUGCUUUGGGAGAAAGCUACAUUAAAGGAGGCAUCGAAUUCUAUUCCAAACUGCUGAAGAGAAAUAUUGCUCUCAGGAAACUGAUGGGGAAGAAGGGAGAGAAACUAUAUACAGCAACAGGCAAUGACCAGUAUAUGAUGAGGCAAUUACAUCAGCCACUGACACUUCGGAAAGAAUACUGUGAGCUGCAGCUUCAAGAAUUUAAGAAACAACACAAACACAGCUCUACAAAAGUUACUAGUGAAGACAAAUUGACCAUUUCACAUAAUGCAGAUACUACCGCUGCUUCUCCUUCAUAAUAAACUUUAAUAUACCAUACUGUAGUUUAUGGACAAGCGUCUUCUGUUUAAAACAGAACACAAUAUUAAUUGAUUUUGUAACACAGAAGUGUAUCCAGCAAAUAUACAGUUUUUCUGUUACAUGAAUGUGUUCUGGUUCAUCCUGGAUAACUCCUUCAACAUUCCUGUUUCACAGGCUAUGCUAUAGCUCAGGUGUUACUGGGUUCUUACUGCUGGAGACUGGGUACAGUACCAGGGAAAUCAUAUUAUAUUUCUGGUGGCCAAAAUGAUGCUGCACAGUAUGAAAAAUUUCCACUAAACCUUCCACGGUCUAGAGAAGGGCACAGGAAGAUGGUUGUGUGAUGGAAUAGAAAAUCAAGAGGUUCUAAUUGGAGAUCUGAAAAGCAGUUAACCAAACAAUGGGAUGGAAUGCUUGAAUUACAAAACAAACUGACCUUUUCAGGGUUUCAAACCUCAACUCAACUAAGCAGCAAUGACAAGUUGUAGCUGACAACUGUGCCUAAUGUCAUAAGACUGAUAUUUCCUUGUAUACAUAAAGCCGCAAAACUCAGCUGCCAGUGUUUGUGGUGAUGAGUAUGCACAAAAAACAGUAAUGAAAUUGAGGAAACUCUGGAAAUGUAUCCCACAGAUCUCUGAUCAGCCACAGAUAUAACGACUAGGUGAUAACAACUUGAUCCAAGAGACAUGAAAACUUGAAUACAUUAGUUGAACCAAAAUAAAUACAAACCUUGUCUUUAAUAAAGUUGACCACAUAGUGGUAAGAAUGGACAUACAUUGAUAAAUAUGAUGAUUGGUAUAAAAUAAACCAGUUUCCCUAAAUUCCUAAUCAAAAUCUGAAGUGAAGAUGGGAACUUCUGACACCAAUUCACCAUGUUCUGUAUAAUGGAAUGAAAUCUUAUAGCACAUCAAAAUAUUCUGUACAAGGUCUAGCAUUUUUCUGAAAAACAUAUGCGUAAGUUUCAAGCAUACUGACUCCAAAUUAAGUGCCUUUUAUAACUCUGUCACCAAUACCUCCAGUUUUCAAGAAUGACAUUAAAUUCAUACCUAAAAGAUAAAGGUAAAAGUUGUCUGUGACCAUGCCAUGUAUACAUUCAUACUUAUAAUUUCAUUAAAUUAAGAGACAUCAUAAAAUAUACUCUCAUAUAAUGAUCCAUAACAAUAAGAAAACCAAUCAGUCAUACCUAAACAUUUCAAUUAUAUCAGUUCUUUCUGGACUGGAAUAAAGAAUAAGGAAUCAGUGUUGGGCACUAAGUAUGUUGGGCAAAAACUGCAUUGUGACUAGAUAAUGCAUAUUAUAUAUUUUACAAUUUUAUAGAUUUAAUAAAAAAAUAAGGUUCUUGAAACAGUGGGGCAUUCUCUGAACAACACUUUCUAACAAAACAUAACCUCUUUUAGAAAGGCAAUCAUUAAAUGAGUGAAAACAGUAAAUUAUACUUUCUAGUAAAGUGUAUCAAUUUUACUUUCAUAAAAUUCACCUCUAAAUGUAAUACGUUAUAACUAAAAGAGUUAACUGAUAUUGCACUAACUGUCUGAUAUUCAACAAUGAUAGCUGUAAUUUUAACAGAAAAUUCUCCUUUAGUACCUGUGAAUAAUUGUAGCAUUGAGAGGGUGAACAGGCACUCACAGAAGUUUGCUGACAGUCAUAUCUGUUCCAAAAUAUGAUUUUAUGCAAGAUAUGGAUUCAAGCUUUACAUUUUCACAUAAACCCAUAGCCAUAUUAUGACAGUAUACGCACUGGACUAGGGUCUACAGGACAAAAACUGACCACUUUUCAAGAUUUUACAACAAUGCCAAAGUAAAAAAAAAAAAAUAGGCCUAAUUCCAUGA